AUGUUGAGUGUUAACAAAGUUACCGCUUUUUUAUUUUUCUAUAUUUUACUCAUAAAAGGAUAUUAUGGAAGGACCGAAAGUAAAAAUAUAUUAAACACUGUAAAGAAUGAUGUAAAAAAUGGGAAUUAUCAGAAUAUGAUGAAUUUUCCAGAUAUGGAUAAAAUUAAAGAAUUAAUAAAUCAAAAUAAAGUUGAAGAAGCAAGAGAAUUAUUUAAUGAAAUGCAAAAACAAUUUAUGAAAGAAAAAAUGGAAGCUAACAAUAAUAUGAAUAAUAGAAAACCAGCAAAAAAAGCCAUGGAUAAUAGUAAUUUAUUUAGUAAUUUAAUUAAUCCUAAUGAUCUUCAAGAAAUGAUUAAAUUUUAUAUGUACUUACAAAAUAUACUAAAUUCCAAAAACGAAACUUCAGAAAAAAAAAUGGUUAAAUCUUUCUUAAGAAAAACCAUCCAAAAAAUGAAAGAUAAUGAAAAUAGUGAAGAAAAAAAAUCUAUUGAUGAUAUAAUAAAAGAUACCGAAGGACAUAAUGAAAUGUUAGAAAAAUUAGCAGGUCUUAUGAAAAUUAACAAAGAAAAAUUAAAAGAUGAACAAGUUAAAAAUAAAUUAAACCAAAUAUUAAUAGGUAUGCUCAAAUUCAUAGAUUAUACUAAUAAUAGUGAUAUAACCAACUCUUUAAUGGAUGAAAUUCAAAUUGAACAAGUACAAGCAGAGGAUGGAACAAUCAAACCAAAAGUUCAAGUUAACAUAAGUAAUAGUAAAGCACACUUAGAUAUGUUACAAAAAGCUACCAAUUUUAUGGGUAUUAAUAUUGAUCAAGAAGAAUUAAAAAAAUUAACCGUUAAUAAUAAAUGGUAUGAAAGCUUUUUAAAUAAUCUACUUAACAGUUCAGAUGAACUCUAA